GAUGGUAUCAGAACAGUAGAUCUCUGGAUGGUAUCAGAAAAGUAGAUCUGUGGAUAGUAUCAGAACAGUAGAUCUCUGGAUGGUAUCAGAACAGUAGAUCUCUGGAUGGUAUAGUCAUGUUGCAUUGGAUGUGUUGCUAGCUGUGUGCUGUCAUCCAUCCAGGUAGACAAGCUCAUUAUUAUGUGUGGGGGUUGGGUGAGACUUCUCAGGACCCUUCCAUAACUCCUCCUCCUCUGCUGUGUCUGGAUCCAGCUGGUCUGCAGAACAAUCAAGUAGCCUUUUCCAUAGAUCUCCUGCUUGGGGGAUCACAUCAGGGAUCCCAUGCAGUUUGCACUUUCAAGAACUUUAUGGAGCAGUAUUCAUUUGCACAGGUUGCCUAUCAGAGCACUUAUUUUCUUAUCUCUCCAUGAGAGUCAGAAUGUUUGCUGUGGAGUGCAUGCAUGACAUUGAAUACUGCACCGUGUGUCCUGGAAGGGAUGAGGAAUCGAAGGAGGAGCAGAAAGCAGCAGAGGCAGGAGAACUUCAAAAUAAUAAAAAUGAGAAGAAAGAGAAAAAAAUGUUGACCACACAACCCUUGGGGACUGUUGAGUACACAGCGACAAGUAAAGAUACCCUAAACACCAUUGCACUGGCAUUUAACGUCACUCCCAAUAAGCUUGUGGAAAUGAACAAGCUAUUUAGUCACAUGAUUUUGCCAGGACAGGUGCUGUAUGUGCCAUGUGGUGACCCUCCUCCUUCCAAUGUAAAAGAAUCCAGUUGUGGUGUUAUCGCUUCUACUGGGUCAUCAGAUGCAGAGUAUGAUAAACUUCCGGAUGCAGACUUGGCAAGAACAGCCUCAAAACCUAUAGAAAGAGUCUUAUCUUCAACCUCGGAAGAAGAGGAGGCCUCAGAAGUAAAGUUUCUGAAAAUGAAUUGUAGAUACAUCACAGAUGGAAAGGGUGUUGUUGGUGGAGUAAUGAUAGUCACGCCAAACAAUGUGAUGUUUGAUCCCCAUAAAUCCGAUCCACUAGUCAUUGAGAAUGGCUGCGAGGAGUAUGGUCAUAUCUGUCCAAUGACAGAAGUAGUGUCCAUUGCACUUUACAAUGACAUCUCGCACAUGAAGCUAAAAGAUGCACUGCCAUCCGAUAGACCAAAGGAUCUUUGUCCUCUGUACAGGCCUGGGGAAUGGGAGGACCUCUCCUCAGAAAAGGACCUCAAUCCAUUCAGCAAGUUUAAGUCCAUGAAUAAAGGGAAAAGGAAGAAUGGGGUUACUGGUGUGGAGGACCGGAAGAUGAUGGAAGCAGAUGUAGCCACUGAACCAGAUACAAAUAAGCAACUUGACAAUACACCCACUGUCCAGCUAAAUGUGACUAAUGCUGACAUAAAAGACACUGAAAGAUCCAAUGAAAUAAUUCUGAGCUCUAAUCCCAAAAAUUCUAACCAGUCCCCCACGGAAGAUGAUUUUAUUGAAUUGGUUGAAACUUUAGUGCAGCAGAAUGGCAAUGAAAUUUGUGACCAGUCGGAGGGAACAGUAGUGUCUCCUGGGAUUGCAGAUUCCAGAAUAUCAAACUCUGCUUUUACCCAGGAAGAUCUGAACUUUAAUGAGACCACAGACUCUGUAGAUAAAAUCACUAUCGAAGAUGCCAUACACGAGCCAUUGCCUGAACACAAAAACCUAAUUGAUACCAAAAAUAUAAAACUUUGUUUAAGUCCUACUAAAGAGAAAAACUCUAACCCGACAGAUUGUGUCAACUCAAAGUCCUGUGAAGCUGUCAUCAAUGUGCCACAAAAUGAAGCAUCUAUCCGUACCAACUCAAACUCUGAGAAGACUGACAAAUCCACUGCUGCUAGUUUAAAUGCAGAGAAGGCCCAGUCUAAGUUAAGCUAUGCCUCAGACGAAUCUCCAGAUUCCUUGUCGCCUUGUUCACCUGAAGACAACAGCAAGAAAGCGACCCAGAUGGACAGCGAAUCUGAGUUAAAGAUGUGGUUACAGAAGAGAAUGCAAGGGCCAAUAGAAGAUAUGCUACCCUCCAAAGAAGAAAAGAGCAAAAACCCACCUAUGUUUCUGUGCGUUAAAGUAGGCAAACCAAUGAGGAAAUCUUUUGCCGCACAAACGUCGGCUACCGUGCAACAUGACUGGAAAAGAAAGCAACUUGAAUAUUGGUUUGCAGUCCCACAAGAGAGGGUGGAUGACCUGUACGUGUUUUUUCUCCAAUGUUCUCCAGAGGUGUAUGGGAAAGAUGCAAAAGACCAAGGCUUUGUGGUGGUAGACAAAGAGGAACUGGAUAUGAUUGACAACUUUUUUAGUGAUCCCUCUACCAAAAGCUGGGAGACAGGAGAUGAGACAAACCGACCAGAUCAGAUCAUCAAUGUAAAAGAGGCAAACCGUCGGAAAAGCACGGGCAGUUAUGAAGACGAAGAGGAGGAGGCAGCUAUCGAGGAGUUCUUACCUGAUUUGAAAGAGAAAAGUCUUCUGCUGGAAGACAUGCAUAUUAAGAAGCUGGCCCGACGUCUUCCUGCCCGGGUUCAGGGAUAUCCUUGGCAUCUGAUGUACAGCUUGCAGGUGCAUGGAGCCAGCCUGAAGACUUUGUACAGGAACCUUGGUUCUCUGGACAGCCCAGUUCUUUUGGUAGUUAAAGAUAUGGAUAACCAGGUAUUUGGAGCUUAUGCAACGCAUCCAUUCAGAGUCGGCGACCAUUACUAUGGCACAGGCGAGACAUUCCUCUUCACAUUUAGUCCUGAUUUCAAGGCAUUCAAGUGGAGUGGAGACAAUUCAUAUUUUAUUAACGGAGACACCGCUUCUUUGGCACUGGGAGGUGGAGGCAGUGGAUUUGGAUUAUGGCUUGAUUCGGAUUUAUAUCACGGACGGAGUAACUCUUGCGGCACAUUUAAGAAUGACAUCUUAUCCAAGAAAGAAGACUUUGUUGUACAGGACAUAGAAGUGUGGACCUUUAAAUAAACGAUGCUGUGCUACCGGAGAUGUUGUUACAUAGGGUCAAAAGGAGAAGAUGCAAGAAAAUGGUCCAUGAAUUUUCAUCAAAGACUUGCAUUUGAUUAUUUAUUUUUUUUUAUUACUGAACUUAAAACAAUAUGACAUUCAUGUUUGCACUGAAGAAUCCAUGUUUUCCCAGAAUGCAAUAGUGUCCCGAACAAAUCUCUUGACUACUCCAAGCCGUUUUGUGUGCGGGGCUGCAGGAACUGAACACGUGGUUAAACAGCUUUGCUAUAAAUGUUCAUCUUUUAGGUCUAAGCCUUCAUGUUGUGGUAGAGCACACUUGACCAAAUGACUUAUUCACGGAACCUGAAUAAAAGUGACUGAAAAAAAUCUUAAUGUUGUGUACAUAAAAUGAAAGAAAAUAUUUCACAUUUUAAGGGAUCAAUUCUACCACGUUACUUUGCAUUUUAUUUAUUGAAUGAUAUUGCUGGCCUUGAAUUUUUAAACAUGCCUUCAAAGCACUUUUUUUAAUUCACUUUAAAAUACAUGCGCACAAAUCUGUUCACCAUAAACGAAAAUUCCCAUGAUAUUAGCUUUAUGACAAAUAACGUGGCGAGGCCUGAAGACGGGAUCCAAAGAGGCUCCCUUCAGGUGAACACCAGUUCUAAGUUUAUAAAGUCUGUUGAAAAUAAGGGAAAGUGUUGCCCAUAGCUUCUAAGUUUAGUUGGUGUCAUUUCAACUUCUUUUUUUCUUCUUUAGUGUUUUUUAAAAUGGCCAUGAUGUGGCUCAGCCAGAUUAACUGGCAAUUUUGGAUUAGAGCAAGGCAGAAUAAAAACAUUUAUAUAUUUUUUUUUGCAAAUUUUGUUAUUGGCCAAGAGAAUGUUGGCAACAAAGUGUCUUUGUGAAAGAGAUGUGGCAUUGAGCAGUUAAGUUGUUCCAGGCAAGAGUAUUGUACUGAGGAACGCAGGCCGUUUCUAAAAGCUGCUUGAUUUUAUUUUUGUAAUGUUUUUUUCUUGUUUUUUGCUUUUUGUUUUUUUGUUGUGUGUGUUUUUUUUUUUUCUAAAAGCAUUUUAUUUUGCAUUAUUUCUUAAAGGGCAAAGUCUAGCAAACUAUAAUUAUGUCCGUUUAAGUAAGAAUGGUUUGUGGUGUAAAGUAAAUCUGUUUAAACAGAGUAAUGUGACCACAAUAAUCUGAUUUUGCUGGGAGAAUUCUUGUAAUAAAGUAAAUAUCUGGAA